AUGGAUUGGAAAUUCACUUGUAUAAUACCUACUGUGAGCAGUGAUGUUAGGUCACCUACUGUGAGCAGUGGUGCUCGGUCACCUACUGUGAGCAGUGGUGCUCGGUCACCUACUGUGAGCAGUGAUGUUAGGUCACCUACUGUGAGCAGUAGUGUUAGGUCAUCUGCUGUGAGCAGUGAUGUUAGGUCACCUACUGUGAGCAGUGGUGCUCGGUCACCUACUGUGAGCAGUGGUGUUAGGUCACCUACUGUGAGCAGUGGUGCUCGGUCACCUACUGUGAGCAGUGAUGUUAGGUCACCUACUGUGAGCAGUGAUGUUAGGUCACCUACUGUGAGCAGUGGUGCUCGGUCACCUACUGUGAGCAGUGAUGUUAGGUCACCUACUGUGAGCAGUGGUGCUCGGUCACCUACUGUGAGCAGUGAUGUUAGGUCACCUACUGUGAGCAGUGAUGUUAGGUCACCUACUGUGAGCAGUGGUGCUCGGUCACCUACUGUGAGCAGUGGUGCUCGGUCACCUACUGUGAGCAGUGGUGCUCGGUCACCUACUGUGAGCAGUGGUGCUCGGUCACCUACUGUGAGCAGUGGUGCUCGGUCACCUACUGUGAGCAGUGGUGCUCGGUCACCUACUGUGAGCAGUGAUGUUAGGUCACCUACUGUGAGCAGUGGUGCUCGGUCACCUACUGUGAGCAGUGAUGUUAGGUCACCUACUGUGAGCAGUGAUGUUAGGUCACCUACUGUGAGCAGUGGUGCUCGGUCACCUACUGUGAGCAGUGAUGUUAGGUCACCUACUGUGAGCAGUGAUGUUAGGUCACCUACUGUGAGCAGUGAUGUUAGGUCACCUACUGUGAGCAGUGAUGUUAGGUCACCUACUGUGAGCAGUGGUGCUCGGUCACCUACUGUGAGCAGUGAUGUUAGGUCACCUACUGUGAGCAGUGAUGUUAGGUCACCUACUGUGAGCAGUGGUGCUCGGUCACCUACUGUGAGCAGUGAUGUUAGGUCACCUACUGUGAGCAGUAGUGUUAGGUCACCUGCUGUGAGCAGUGAUGUUAGGUCACCUACUGUGAGCAGUGGUGUUAGGUCACCUACUGUGAGCAGUGAUGUUAGGUCACCUACUGUGAGCAGUGAUGUUAGGUCACCUACUGUGAGCAGUGGUGUUAGGUCACCUACUGUGAGCAGUGGUGUUAGGUCACCUACUGUGAGCAGUGAUGUUAGGUCACCUACUGUGAGCAGUGAUGUUAGGUCACCUACUGUGAGCAGUAGUGUUAGGUCACCUGCUGUGAGCAGUGGUGUUAGGGCACCUACUGUGAGCAGUGGUGUUCGGUCACCUACUGUGAGCAGUGGUGUUAAGUCACCUACUGUGAGCAGUGAUGUUAGGUCACCUACUCGCCAUCAGCGGUCAUUGUUCCAGCACCGGGGGUUGGAAGUCAUCGUCUUCAGCUCCAGUAGCGGUCAUUGUUCCAGCACCGGGGGUUGGAAGUCAUCGUCUUCAGCUCCAGCAGCGGUCAUUGUUCCAGCGCCGCGGGUUGGAAGUCAUCGUCUUCAGCUCCAGCAGCGGUCACUGUUCCAGCACCGGGGGCUGGAAGUCAUCGUCUUCAGCUCCAGCAGCGGUCAUUGUUCCAGCGCCGCGGGUUGGAAGUCAUCGUCUUCAGCUCCAGUAGCGGUCAUUGUUCCAGCACCGGGGGCUGGAAGUCAUCGUCUUCAGCACCAGCAGCGGUCAUUGUUCCAGCACCGGGGGUUGGAAGUCAUCGUCUUCAGCUCCAGCAGCGGUCAUUGUUCCAGCACCGGGGGCUGGAAGUCAUCGUCUUCAGCAGCGGUCAUUGUUCCAGCACCGGGUGUUGGAAGUCAUCGUCUUCAGCUCCAGCAGCGGUCAUUGUUCCAGCACCGGAUGCUGGAAGUCAUCGUCUUCAGCACCAGUAGCGGUCAUUGUUCCAGCACCGGGGGUUGGAAGUCAUCGUCUUCAGCACCAGUAGCGGUCAUUGUUCCAGCACCGGGGGUUGGAAGUCAUCGUCUUCAGUAG